UUUUCUUGUUUUUUUUUCUUUCUUUUUUUUUUUUUCUUCCUUUAUAUCAAAAACAUUGAUCAUUAUCAAAUAGGAAAAUAAUUAAUUCUAUUCUACGAAUAAUCAUCGUGGCACUCUCGUACGAUUUGCACUGACUUUAUUUAUAGUGUCUGGUUAUUUUUGCAUGUGUUUCUUUUAAAACAAGAUGCAGCUGUCCGCUGCUGGCUGAUAGCACAUUCUCUUGUACGUAUUUUUGUAAGUUUGCUUCGUUAGAGAAGAGACAGACAGGGCAACACUAAAUUAAGGCAUAAGUAGUUAAAAGACAGAUAUCAGUGUAUAGUACUUUUCUAUAUGGACGCAUUAGUCCGUGAUACGUGGGUGUGUUAAUAUACGUACAAAAAGAGUAUUAUUUGUUAUUUAAUUCUAUUUCAAUAUAUAUAUUUUGAACAUUUUAUUUUAUAUAAUGAAGUGGACGUUUAACGUUAAGUGAUAAUAAUAUAUAAUAUUUAUGUCGAGGGCAAGUGUUAAGAAGAAUUAACACGUUCGAAACUCGAAAAUCGUGGUCUUCUUUUGAUUCAAGUGAUAUACAGGUUUUAAAAAAACGUUAGGUGUAUCAAUUAGCUGCUGUUUAAAAAAAAAAAAAUAAAUAAAUAAAAGAACAAAUGGAGUCUGCUGUAACUGGACGAAGACGAACUGCCACACGGCAUUCUGCUGAAGAUCAAGCUCUUGACCAAAUAGCUAAAGAGGCAGAAGCUCGACUAGCAGCAAGAAGACAAGCAAGAGCAGAAGCUAGAGAAAUUCGAAUGCGCGAAUUGGAAAGACAACAAAAGGAAGCAGAAGAAAAUGCUGAUAGGGUUUAUGACAUGUGUUCAGAUCCUAAUAGAGCCAUGAGAGUAACUCCAGAUCCUGUGAGGACGUCACGUUUGCUCACAAAUUCGAAUAAUUUUCAAUCCAGUUGUAAAUCAUCGGAAGAUUCAUUAGAAGAUAUAGGCCUUGGUAGAGAUCUUAGGUUAGAGUUGAAGGAAUUUGAAGAGAAGUUUCGAAAAGCUAUGAUAGCUAAUGCCCAAUUAGAUAAUGAAAAAUCUUCUUUUGCAUAUCAAGUUGAUAUAUUGAAAGAUAAAUUGGAAGAAUUGGAAGAAAUGGCAGCUCAAUUGCGUAGAGAACUUCGAGAGAAGAAUCGAGAUGCCGAACAGUUAAAACGACUUAGUCAAAGAUUAAAAGAUGAUUUAGAUUUAUGCAGAACACAGUUAUUAGAAAGGGAUACACUCAUUCAGGAAAAUGGAUUAGUAAUAGUUGAAGAUGAAGGUACCGAUGAAGAAGAAGAUGUUGAAGGUGGAUCCUGCCAUAGGAAAAGAGUAUUAGUUAGUAAAGAAUCUGCAGAUUUAUUAGAAAAUGCUGGCAAAGGAUCCUUGGAUGUUCGACUGAGAAAGUUCGCUUCGGAGAAAAAAGAAUUAGAAGAUCAAAUACGACAUUUAAGAUUGGAAUUAGAAGAAACCAAGAAUCGCAUAAGAUCUGAGAGAUCACCGGGUGCAGUAUUAGGUGGCUUAACGGAUUCUGAAGAUAUUCAACGAGAAGCUAAUAAACUUUUAGCUGACUACAAAUUCAAGCUGCAAAAGGCGGAACAAGACAUGUCUACUUUACAAGCCACUGUAGCUAGAUUAGAAAGUCAAGUAAUACGCUAUAAGUCGGCGGCAGAAGCAUCUGAAAAGGCAGAGGAUGAACUCAAAGUUGAAAAAAGAAAAUUGCAAAGAGAAGUUAGAGAGUCUCAAGGACGUGUCGAAGAACUCGAAACAGCGAAUUCUCAUUUACAAAGGCGAUUAGAUAAACUUAAAAAUGCUAAAUCUGCUCUUUUUAAAGAUCUUUGAUGAAAUUAUUUUAUUUCUUUUUGAAUCUGUCAAGUCUACCUUGUCUUUUCUCUUCUGUGCUAUAGACAGAAGGCAUUUAUUUAAUAAUUUUUAAAUAAUAAUAAUAAUA